AUGUUUCCGAUGAAAACAAUAGCCAUUCGGCAUCCGAGGUCGACAACUCAGCCCGCAAGUGUUUGCGGGGGAGGGGAAGCCUAUACAGAUAAAUAUGGCAGCAGUUCCAAUGGAUUCAAGAGCCGGUUGGUUGUUCAAGGCAUCCGGUUUGCUAUCCCGAUAUCUAUUUUGACGCUUGCCCUUGUUUUCACAUCAGUCAUCAUGAAACCUCUUUCAUCACCCUUGAGCGCCUUGCUUCUGCUCGAAGCAUCCCAAGUUGCAGCCACUCCAAUCCACAAGCAAGCUGCAGAUUACUCUGGCGAGGUCAUUGUGGGUAUACAGGCACUCAAUCGCUUCUGGUACCGCAACAACUCGGGACUCUGGGACAACGCUUGGUGGAACAGCGGAAACGCUCUCACUACCAUUGCGGAUUACACCCUGCUGCAGCCCCAGCGGGCCUCGACCAUAGACACUGCAGGCACCAUUCGCAACACCUACAUCCAUGCCCAGCAGAACAACGUUGCCACCUUCAAGUCGCAGAACCACGAGAGCGGUGCAGUGGUCACCCAAGACUGCAUCAACGGUGCUGGCAGCAGGUGUUCGCCCGCCAAACGUGCAGCACAAGGGUUCACCAACUUCCUCAACGAAUACUACGACGAUGAAGGCUGGUGGGCAAUGGGUCUUAUUCACUCAUACGAUGCCACAAACAACCGCGACUACCUCAAUGCGGCCGUAAACAUCUUCAGAGACAUGGAGACCGGCCUAGGGGGUCCCUGCCACGGUGGUAUCUACUGGAGCAAGGACCGCAACUACGUCAACGCGAUUGCCAACGAGCUCUACCUAACGGUAGCUGCGGCUCUUGGCAACCGCAUCCCAGACCAGCGCGAUCACUACAUCGAUGUGGCCAAGAACCAAUGGGAAUGGUUCAAGAACAGCGGCAUGAUCAACAGUGACAACCUCGUCAACGACGGUCUUACCGACGACUGCCGAAACAACGGGCGCGACACCUGGACUUACAACCAGGGCGUCAUUCUCGGCGGCUUGGCCGAGCUGUACAAGGCAACGGGAAACUAUGACUACAUCAACCGCGCCAAUGCCAUUGCCACCGCCGCCAUGAGCAAGCUGGUCGACGGCAACGGAACCCUCAUCGAGGCCAACAAGUGCGACGUGGGCAAGUCGGAGUGCUCGCACGAUCUGGAGCAGUUCAAGGGCAUCUUCAUUCGUAACCUGCGAUACUUACACCAGGUGGCUCCCCAGGACGCCUACAAGAACUUUAUCCUGAGCAAUGCCGACGCCGUCUGGUCCAAGAACCGCAACGGCGACAACAAGUUUGGCGUAGCCUGGGACGGUCCCUACUUUGACGCCAGCAUGAUGACCGACAGCAGCGCAUUGGAUGCCCUCGUUGCUGCUGCUGCCGUCGCAUAA